AUGGCCUUGUCGACAUUAUCACUACUCAGUCUCCCUCCAGAACUAGUCCUCAAGAUCGCGGACCACCUACCUCCAGACGGUAUCUUGGCUCUGAAGUUCUCGCACCGCAUCUUAAACUACUCUCUACCUCUAGCACCACGACUCCGAAAGGGGACCCUUACACGGUGCGCUCGCCUUGCAGUACGCAGCUACCUCGUCAAACCCACGCCGAGUCCAACCCAUCUGCGGUGCAUUCUUUGCAAAUCAGUUUACCCCCUCAAGUCUUUCCAAUCAUCGAGCAGUCCAGCUUGCGCGCCGCUUUCGUUCGCAGUCGACGUCGAAGAAACUGAAGUUGUGGAACUACCGCAAAGACUAUGUGCAUGGCACGUCGGCCUGGUAGGAAUCAAUGGGUCGACAGCUCGGAAAAUAUGUGUAUGCAUUGUGGUGCUAUCCAAUCUUGGGCGAAAUGUGAUUGCAAAUGCGACAGCUGCUCGUUCAGAGCAGUGA